UAUUAUUUAUUUAUUGAUCGAUUGCUUCGCUCUUAGUCGUGGAACUCGUUGCUGCCUCCAUAUUAUCCAGCUUCAAUCUGUGACACUAAAAUAUUAAUCAGUGCAAAAUGUCUUCUCAUUUAGAUGAUCUUUUCAAGCCGCUUGUGCUUAUAACAGGUUUCGGCCCAUUUAUAAAUCACCCGGUAAAUGCAAGUUGGGAAGCCGUGAAAAUAAUGAACAAAGAUGAAAUCGAGAAGAAACAUAAUGUAGACUUGGUUCAAAUAGAAAUACCAGUCACAUAUGAAAACGUAGAUGAAUUUGUGCCCGCCAUCUGGAAAACACACACACCAAAGCUCAUGAUCCAUGUUGGAGUGUCAAGCAGAGGCAAGUGCUUGGAGAUAGAAUCCCAAGCCCACAGGAAGGGCUACACCAGACCGGACUACUUUGACAAGUGUCCCGCUAACAACACCUGCACGUCUGAGGGAGCCAUCAGGAUUCAGACCAAACUUGAUGUGGAGCGGAUCAGCAACGCAUUCAAUGGUGAUAACCCACCAGAGACGAAAAUCAGGACUGAAGUAUCGAAGGAUGCCGCUAGGUAUCUAUGCGAGUAUAUCUACUACACCUCGCUGAGUAUAGACAGUACGCGCACUCUGUUCGUGCACGUGCCCGCCAUGGACAUCUACACCCCGCAGGAGACCGCCCGGGCGCUGGAGCGCAUCCUAGACCUCUGCAUGGAGCAGAUCAACGAGCUGGAUGCUGAUCUCGUCAACAAGAUGAAGGAAGCCAGACUUGAGGAACAAAAAUAGCAAUUAGCCCUUGGAGAAGCCCGGAAACGGGCUUUUAUUGCGAAACAUGGAUAUAUUCGCUAUUACGCACGAACCUGCAUGUCGGAAAUCAAAUACUUUACUAUAUAUUACUUAGGAGUGCUGGCAACAAAAGCUCUUAAAUUUUACAGACGCAUGAUUAUAGAUGAUAUGAAGAGGGGACCUCGUCCACCGUUUCUCACUUUUAAGAAUAUAGAUUCGAUUGACUAGGUAGACAGGUCAAGUUGCACCCAACUCGACUGUAGAAAUAGUGUUGCUUUGUCGUCAUUUAUAACAUAUGAAAAAUAUAUAUAUUGUGUGUGUGUAUCAUAUCAUGUAGGUAGCCGACUUAUGUAACUGAAACGGCCACAUAUAAAAUUUAAGACUUUUAAAAUGUGUAAUUCCAAACUUAAAUUUCCCUAAUAUAAUGUAGAACAUUUAUUAGUAGGGGGCUCUGAUUGUAUGCCCUAGACGUAACAUUUUAAUCGCUAUGUAUUUUACACGAUUUGAUAACUUAUACUUGUAGAGAGGUACCAUGUACCUAAUAUUUACUCAUAACUUAAAAACAAGUAGACCGUUCAUUACAUAAUUAAGAAUUUAAGACUACUAAGAAUAUAGUUCAGGCAGGGCUUGGCCGAACGUAAGUUCGAUAGGAAAACGACUGGCAACUUAAUUUUUUAGUCUUGUAUACGAUAAAGUUUUUAUGCAUUAUUACUUAUACCUAUUUGCAAACAAUGGCUGUGUUGUAUUCGAAUAUCUAGGACCUUACAUGCGUAAACUUGUUGCAGCAAACUGUAAGUAACGUCUACCACUCAUUCACGCUGAGGCGUUAACACAGAUUUCGAACACAAUUCUCUAUACAAAUUGUGAACUUAUUCACCGCUGCAGCUCAACCAGCGUAUCCGUGCAUUUAGUUAUUAGAUAUUUAUCAUUGUUGAUUUGAAUACGUUUUAUUAAAUUAUUUUUAACGAUUAUAAUUCUAUAGGAAGAUAGCUGAAUUCAUUUUUCAAGCAGCAAUCUUCCAGAAUAGAAACGAGCUGUUAACUAAUCGAAUGUUAAGUACUUACACCUAAGCCAGCACUGUAAAGGUGGAUUGUGACAAAAUGCGUACCUACUACGGUUUCGAAGUAUAGAGCAUUUUGAGGGUGUCGGUACAUAAUAAGCCUGAUAUAUAUAAGGGCAUAAACUGCGUUACGCGUGUGUACGCACGUGAGCACGUCGCGGGCCACGCUUCUGGUGCACGCACGUGAGCACGUUCGCGUGCUUAUGCGCGGGCAUCGGCGCGUGCAUCCGCGUAACGCAGUUUUCUCAGUACAAUUUUGACGUUGGAGGUGUACAGUCGAGUAAUUAUGGAUAAAUUAAUGUUGUAUUAUUUAUCAAGACGACGGCGACGACGAUUAUUUCGCUUGAUUGGUCCCAUAUGGCAGGACGACACUGAACUUCAACAAUUACCCUUUCUGUAUCAAAAUUUGUAAUUUUUUGUUAUGGGCCGGGCACGCGCGUGCGGUCGGUUCGAGAUAGCGCUGUCAACUGAACAAGCACGCGCGUGCACCCGCUAGCGGGCUUCGCGCGUGGACCCGUCCAACGUGAUGCGUGAUCGCGUCGCGUGCAUGCGUGCCCCAUUGCACGGAAGUAUCACGCGACGGGCUCACGAGCGUGUGCACGCGCAUGGGCACGCGCGGGUCGUUUUUGUAUGGACACGCGAGAGGCACGCUUAACGCAGUUUAUGCCCUAAUAAUCACACUAAAAUUAUAAAUACAGAAUUACGGAGUACAUUACUAAGCUUCACGCCCAAGACUGAUAUAUCCACUAGGGGCUACUCCUUUUUACUGCGACCUGUUAUAUAACACCAUCGAUAAAAUAACGAUGCGUACUGAAAUUAAUAUAAUUCAGAAUUGUAUUCUGUAGAUUACUCUAGAAUCUUUCUAGUUUUAAGACUGUAUCAAAGUAGAUAUUCUAUAUAAUGAUGUAUUAGUAGUGAUAGUUCAAUGCAGGUAUUAUAAUAAUAAACGUAUUAGUUGUUCAAAA